AUGUCGGACGUUCGCGUCAAAUUCAACCUUACCAAUGGAGAGGAUGGGCAGGAUGAGGAUAUCUUCAACCCGCCAGCACCUCUUCUCGCCGGUGCCCACUGCUCUGGCCUCCAAAACUACCACGACCUCUACCGCACCUCGAUCAACGAUGCUGAUGGUUUCUGGCGCAACGUUGCCUCUGACCUUCACUUCGAGCAAGGCACAUCCAAAGGACUUGAGUACAAUUUCGACGCCAAAGCUGGGCCAGUCUACUGUAAAUUCAUGGAUGGCGCCAAGACAAACAUCUCCUACAACUGCUUGGAACGAAAUAUCAAACGAGGACUGGGAGACAAAAUCGCCUAUAUCUUUGAAGGAAACGAGCCAUCUGACGUCUCCACAUGGACCUACAAAGAGUUGCACGCACAAGUUGUCCAAUUCUCGGCAGUUCUUCGUGCUCACGGUGUUCAACGCGGAGACGUCGUUGCUCUUUACCUUCCAAUGAUUCCGGAACUCGCCGUUGCUAUGUUAGCAUGCGCACGUAUCGGAGCAAUGCACUCUGUUGUCUUCGCCGGUUUCUCUGCUGAAUCUCUUGCUGCUCGCGUCGUCGACGCUCGUUGUAGAGUAGUGGUGACAGCUGAUGGAGUGUUCCGUGGUGCCAAGCCGAUUGGGCUGAAGUCAAUUGCGGAUGCAGCUGUGGCACUUGCCGCUCAAGAAGACGUCAAAGUGGAAGCUGUCAUUAUGGUGGAGCAUUUAAAGCGAGUGACGAAGCCGGAUGGAGUGGAACUUCCAAAAGCGGACUAUUCGGAAAUCACAUUUGUAUACGAAACAGAAAUGCAAAAGUGCUCUGGCAUAGACUCUCCCGUAGAAUGGAUGGACGCUGAAUCCCCUCUCUUCCUGCUCUACACAUCUGGCUCCACAGGAAAACCAAAAGGAAUCCAACACACGACGGCCGGCUACAUGACAUAUGCAUACGCCACUACAAAGUACACAUUCGACGCCAAAGACGACGACGUUUACUGGUGCACCGCCGAUUGUGGAUGGAUCACCGGACACUCGUACUUGCUCUAUGGCCCUCUCAUGAACGGUCUCAAGGGAAUCUGGUACGAGGGUGUGCCGACCUAUCCGACGCCUUCUAGAAUGUGGGAUGCUGUUGAUAAGUAUGGUGUCACCAAGCUCUACACGUCACCAACUGCCGCUCGUGCUCUGAUGGCUCUCGGAAAUAAGUGGCUUGAAAGCACUUCCCGAAAAAGCCUGAAGGUUAUCGGAACCGUUGGAGAGCCAAUCAAUCCAGCCGCCUGGAUGUGGUUGUACAAGAAGGUUGGACUUUCGAAUGUCUCCAUUGUCGACACCUACUGGCAAACUGAGACUGGAGGACAUAUGAUCACCUGCCUUCCAGGAGCGACUCCAAUGAAACCAGGAGCCGCCGCUAUGCCAUUCUUCGGUGCCUCUCCUGUUCUUCUAGAUGCUGAAGGACGUGUGAUUGAGGGACCAGGAGAGGGAUCAUUGUGUUUCGAUCGUGCCUGGCCAGGAAUGAUGAGAGGUAUCUAUGGAGAUGAGCAACGUUUCGUCAAGACCUACUUUGCUCCAUUCAACGGAUACUAUUUCACUGGAGAUGGUGCCCGACGUGACGAGGAUGGUUACUUGUGGAUCACAGGACGUGUUGAUGAUCUCAUGAACGUCAGUGGACAUCUUCUAUCUACUGCUGAGAUCGAGUCUGCCCUUGUUGCUCAUGAGAAGGUAGCCGAGGCUGCUGUCGUUGCUGCUCCCCAUGAUAUCAAAGGAUCGUUCCCAUACGCUUUUGUCACGCUGAAUGUGGGAGAGAAGAUCGACGAGAAGCUAGUCGCCGAGUUGAAGAAGAUGGUUCGUGAGAAGAUUGGAGCGUUGGCUGUGCCAGAUGUCAUUCAAGAGGCUCCAGGACUUCCAAAAACUCGCUCUGGAAAGGUCACUCGUAGAAUCCUCCGCAAGAUUGCUGAAGGAUCGGAGAGCGGCAUCGGCGACACCACCACCCUCGUCGACGAGUCUGUCAUCAAGCAACUCAUUUCUGGACGUUCUGCGAGAGCAUAA